AUGGAAUAUUAUAAGAACUUCGAUGAUUAUAAUGCAAAAUUUGAACCGUUUAUAGUUAAACCAAACAAUGAAACAUAUAAAACUAUGAAACUUUUUUUUAAAACUACAUCUAUUGAGUUUAUCAUAAAAAAUUGGGACCUACAGAAAUGUAUAAACAUUGAAGACUCAAAUUAUAAUUCACUUAUGUUUAAAAAUGGUAGUUCUGUCGUUCUCGCAAAAGUAGAAAUUUAUGAUUGGAGGCAUAUAUUUGUGAGAAGUAUUGAUUAUUUUGUUAAUGUUUGUAAACAAUUGCAAAUGCAUUGUGAAAAUGCUUCAAAUGUUUUAAGAAUCCUYAUUCCUGGGGAGAUUGUUGCUGUAAAAUGCACAGAUAAAUUUUACAGAGGAAAAAUCAUUGACAUAUUAGAAAAUUUGUGUUUUUCUUUAUAUUUAAUAGAUGAUGGUUAUGUGGUAUCUGCUUCAAUUGAUUGUAUAGUUGAUUUACCAGACGCUUUAAAAAAGAUUCCACCAACUGUGUGUUUGGUUGGUUUAAAAGAUAUUACUUUAAAGCCUUGGUCACCUGAGGCGUAUUUGUAUGUUAAACAGUUAUUUGAAAAUGCUACAACCAUGGUAUUGGAAUUUUCUCCAGUACAACCCCUUAAAGAUGUUUCUUUAACAACAGUGAACGGUAAUGAGAAUGUUAAUAAACGAUUAAAUGAAUUACUGAAUAAUGAUGACAGUUCAUCAACAGCAGAUUCAAAAUAUCAACUUGAACAAGUUUGUUUAACAGUGAUUCCUGCCAUUGUUUUGGUUAAACUGAAAAAUGUUUCAUCUAGUGUAUUAAAUGAAGCAGCUCGUCAAUAUAUCACUUCAAUAUCUGACAACAUCUUGAUAAUAGACACGAUAGAAGACAACACAAAUGAAGUAAUAUUUAAAACUGAAGAUAAUGAAAAUGUCAAUGAUCGCUUAAAGGAAUUGAUGUUUGAAAAUAUCAAGGAAAUAAAUAUUAAUGAUUUGAUUGAAAUUGAUGAAGAGUUCAAAUCAGAUCAAUCAUUAGUAGAAUGUAAUGUUACUACCUUGAAACCAGGCAGUGUAGUUUAUUUGACGGCUUUUGUCAAUAUGGAUGAAAUGUAUAUUAGAAAAAUAGAAGAUUACAAUGAUGAAUUUCAAAAUUUAUUAGACAAAGUUAAUGAAUUUUGUUUAUCUGCUAAACCAAUUAAUAGGCCUUUGAUAAUUGGUCAAAUUGUUGGAGCUCAGUCUACAUUAGAUGGUAGUUUUUAUCGGGGAAAAGUUUUAAAAAAAAUUGACGACAUUACUUAUUCAAUACAGUUUAUUGAUUUUGGUGAUAAAGAUAAUGUAUCUUCUUCAAAAAUAUUUGAAAUCCCCACAGAUUUUAUGGUUCCUUCAACUAUUAUGGAAAUUAGCCUCAAAGGUAUUAAGUCUCAUUUAUUAAGUAUUGAAGCAUCAAACUAUAUUACAAACUUAUUAUCAACGUAUGAGCCAUUGUCAAUAGAUUUUGAUGAUAAAUUUCCUAUCAAAGAUGUUACGUUAGUAGUAAUUAAAAAUAAUGAAAAUGUUGCUGAAAAUUUAAAUAAACUUCUAAAGGAUGAAAAUCAUACUAUACCUAAUAAAGUUCUUGAAGAUGAACAUUUUAAAGAAAGCCCCAUUAAGAACGAUCCUAAAGACUCUAUCACUGAAGAAAACAAAGUUGUAUUGAUAUCAGCCAGUACACAAUGCAAUUUAAAUAAGGAUAUAAAGAAACUUUUAUGCAAUGGAAAUGUUGGACAAAAUAUUCAAAACGGUGUAUACACCAAUUGUGACGAAGAUUCUGAAAAAUGCGUGAUAAAGUACUACAAACCACCGUUGGAUGUUGUCACUCAGGUUUGGGUCGCCGAAAAAAUAUCUUCUUCGAAGUAUUCAGUACACACAUGUGAUAGUCGGCUUGAAUUCUUAAAAUUGGAGAAUAAAAUCUUCGAAGACAGUAAAACAUUCGAAUGUGUUAAAUCUGUCAGUGUUAAUAUGCCAUGUAUCGUGUACUUCAGUCCUAGUUGGUAUCGUGGAGAAGUGUUAGAGGUAAUCGAUAAAGUCACCGCAAAAGUUGGUCUUGUGGACGUUGGAAAUUUCAGUGUCGUUCGCAGCGUCAAAGAAAUUUUCCGCAUGCCGUCAAAAUACAAAGGAAAAUCGUUGUUGGUGAAUAUCGAAAUACAACCAGAACCGCAAGAAAAAUUAUCAGUCACAACGUUCAGAAUCGUUGCUAAAAAACACUUGGACAACGUCACAGUUGUGGAAGUAUUGCAUGGAUCUACAGUAGAUCAAUCUUACGACGAUCUGGACAAUGUUGGGCUACCGUCGUUUUCUUCGACCCCCAUACCAGAAGACUCUGGACGGUUUCAAUUCAACAACAGCCGUAACGAACAAAAUCUACUGAGUACGACCCUGUGUCAAGAACAGCAAACGUCUGGUGCCGAUGAGCACAACAGCAAACGGUUUUCCAACAUGUUGACGAUCAAAGACGUACCGUACGCGAAAUGGCUAAAGGGCGCUGUUAAAACAUUGACGUUCUUGUGCGUGAACGGUGACUGUUUGAUGAUGAGAGACCAUCUGAUCGACGAUACACUGGCGGAUUUGGAAGCAAAAAUCCAAGAACACUGCGUAACCACUACCAAUCCGCUGUACACGCCAGCCGAAAACGAACUAUGUCUGGCCAAGUACAUUGACCAAUUGUGGUAUAGAGCUAUAUGUGUGAAAGUCCCCAACGAUUUGGAUGAAGACGACAACGGCUAUAUGGUUUAUUUCUUGGAUUGGGGAAUGGAGUAUUUGACAAACGUCGAAGACCUAAAUAAAAUGCCCAAGGACUUUAUCUAUCUACCAGCGACAGCCCAUAAGUGUUACGUAAAAGGUGCGUUGUAUAUAAAAAUAUCAUAG